GGAAUAGCCCUUAAACUAUUUUUUUUUUUCUAUUUUCAAAACAAGCAUGCUUCCAUUGUGCAAACCCUUUUGAUUGUUAGUGUAUUAAUCUAUUAUAUAUAUGCACACGGAUUGGGAUAUUGUUCAGAUAAACUCAGAACUAAAGUAUUGAGUUCAGAGUAAAAACAUCUAGAAUUGAAAUAUGGAAGAGAGCAUGUCAGGCUUUUGCAUGAAAUCAUCUGGAAGUAGUAAUUUCCAUGGUAAAAGUGGAAGCAGCAGCACUGGCACAAAGUGUGGUCGUUGGAAUCCAACAACAGAACAAGUUAAACUUCUGACUGAACUUUUCAGAGCAGGGCUCAGAACUCCAAGCACUGAUCAAAUUCAGAAAAUAUCCAAUCAACUCAGUUUUUAUGGUAAGAUAGAGAGCAAGAAUGUGUUCUAUUGGUUUCAAAAUCACAAAGCUAGAGAAAGACAAAAACGUCGUAAGGUUUCUUUUGAUGAUGACAAGGAUGUCAUAGUUCAUAGAGACAACUCUAUGAAUGCUUCAACACAAAGGUUUGCUGAGAUGUACUCAGAGCCUGAUAGAGUGAUUGAGACUCUUGAGCUUUUUCCAUUGAACUCAUUUGGUGAAUCAGAAUCAGAAAAGUGGAGUAUGCAUGCAAAUGAAUGCAGGGAAAAUACAAUGUUUGCAUACACAUGUACAAUGGGAGAACAAAUGGAACACCCACCAUUGGACUUACGGUUGAGUUUUGUGUAAUAGAGACUCAAUCUUUUCAAAAAUUAAUUGUUGUUACUUUGAUCUUAGAUUUUUAGCAUAAUAUGAAAAAUGUUUAGGACUGUAUCAUGGAUGUAGCUUCAAAAUUAAUAUUUAAUUAACAAGUGAUUAAUUUUA